GGAAGCUGAAGCCUGAGCAGUUUUAAUAAAACGCGAUCAUGUCAACACCGCGGGAACAAGAGGCAGCACAGUACCUCGAAAAUCACAAAAUCUUAGAACUAAUGAACAACAUAACCAGCAUGCUCAUCUAUCACAGACCAGAACACCCAAGGGAAUUCCUGGUUUCCCAACUUGAGCAACUGCAUGCUUCCAAGCUUCAGGCAGCUGAUAGUCCAUGUUUGUUUGAUGAUUACAACCUGGAUGCAGUGUGUGGUAUCUUAGAUCCUACAAACCAAGGAUACAUCUCUUACAACCAAUAUAGAGAGGCACUGAAGACAUUUGGAAUCCAACAUUUUAAUGAAUGUCCUGAGGGCCUUGGAAAUGACAGGAUAUCACAUGAGACGUUUAAACAAGAGGCGAAGAAGUGUCUUAUGAAAAACGCAGCAACUUUCCAGAUGUAAUUAUUUAGCCAUGAUUACUGUUGAAUUAUUU